UUGUCGGGUUGCGUUAACAUGCAAUUCAUCGUGUACUGUCGGGUGUAUUUUCACGAGAGUUGGCGUACUAAACGAAUGCCAGCGGAAGUCAGGCUGUUUGAUUUAUGCCAUUCCGCACUUGUGGCAAGCGCCGUCUGGGAUUCCAUCAUUGCGAGUGAUAGUGGCUUGGAUACCCUUGACACAAUCCCUUGGUAUAUGUUGGCUAUAUCAUACAAGGACAAUAUAAUUUUGACUCACCCACUUCAGUUUGCGUACCGAAUCUAUAGACUGCAAAAUAAGAAGUUCACUGUAGUGAUUCCAAUUGUAUGUUUUGCAUUCAAAAGUCUGCUAUGUACUCAACGUGAUGUUCUUUCAGGUUGUGCUCUCUCUCGUUCCUUCGUAGUGUUAAAACAGAUAGGAUUUUCUUGGAUAUUCACGAUGGGACUCUCACUUUCGACACUCGUGGAUAUCAUGAUCACAACUUUUAUGUGCUACUUCUUUCGCAGAACUUUACAGACUGACAUUUAUUCGUCUCAUAGCACUAUCCGUAUCAUCGACGCCCUGACGUUCUGGACAAUUCAGAAUGGCUCAAUGACAAGUACUGCGACCAUCGCGACAUUGAUUUGCUGGAAAGUUAUGCCUCAGAACCUCAUAUUUCUAGGUAUUCACUUCAUUGUAGCAAAA